GAAGAAUAAGAAGAGUUCAGAGGUUACUGUUGCGUCGCGGCUACGCUAGUGUUUGGUCAGCUAGGUGGUUCAUUGUUGAAUAAUGGCAAAACAUCAUCCAGAUUUGAUUUUUUGCAGAAAACAGGCCGGUGUUGCCAUUGGACGACUGUGUGAAAAAUGUGAUGGUAAAUGCGUCAUCUGUGACUCCUAUGUAAGACCUUGCACACUUGUUCGCAUAUGUGAUGAAUGCAACUAUGGGUCAUAUCAGGGCCGCUGUGUCACAUGUGGAGGACCUGGAGUUUCUGAUGCCUACUACUGUAAAGAGUGCACAAUCCAGGAGAAAGACAGAGAUGGCUGUCCUAAGAUCGUGAACCUUGGUAGCUCAAAGACUGACCUUUUCUAUGAAAGGAAAAAAUAUGGCUUCAAGAAGAGGUGAAGACACCGAGCCCGCUCAGUUGUAUAUUGCAGUAAUUUUUCCAUGCAAGUGUUUUGUUAUAAGACUUGACCAAUAAAACGUUUUUAAAAA